CUCCCCUGCACGCAUUCGAUCGCACAUGGAUGUGAUGACAUCGUGUGUGAUGGCACGGCUCCUUUGGAGGGACCACAGCUGCGCGAAAAAACACAACCAACCAAACCAAUCAGCACCACACAUACAUGACAUGAACAAACACACAUACAUGAAGACGUCAAGACACGCACACACAUCUCGUGAGUGACACGUAUGCUCCUUCCUGCCUCCUGUGCUGCGAUCCCUCCAUCCAUCCAUCCAUUUGCGAUCCAUCCAUCUGUCAGGGCCCUCUGCGCAUGUGUAAUGGGCUCAAAAAUUGCUGACUCGACUGACUGACUCCCUCGCUCCCCUUGCGUGCCGUGGCCCCCCAAUGCGUCCGCGUGUGCAUGUGCCUGUGCAUGUGUGUGCACACAACAGCCAGCCAGCCGUGCUCAUAGAAACGUUCAUCCAUCGUCUGUCGGGUGGGUGGGCGAGGGGGGAGGGUCAUCCAUGCAUUGAAAGCCGUGGGCCUCGCCCACACAUACACAUACGCAUACAUGUAUAUACGUAUAUACGGAUGCACCUAAGUGCGUAUGUAUGCUACAGAUCGAAGAAGUCAGUAGAUAGAAAGUAGACCAAAGCCCACAGAGAAGAGAAGCAAGCAAGGGGAGUGCGAUCAGACAGACAGGCAGACAGGCAGACAGAUAGGCAGACAGAUAGGCAGACAGAUAGGCAGACAGGCAGACAGUCAGACAGACAGACAGACCCUUGAAAGUGGCGUCAGUCAACGUGCCCUGGUUGGGUCAUGUUGUUGUAUACAAGCGUCCCCCACCCCCCUCCCCUGUCAGCCCCCCAAUCCGGCCACGCGCCAGCCGAACAUGGGUCAAAGCAAUGCAAAAGUGAGGUAGGCAGGCAGGCAGGGAGGCAGCAAAAGGAAGUGAGAGCGAGAGGGAUCACGACACGACUAAAGCGACACACGGUGACGGCAAGAGUGGGCGGGCGACAAGGGGCGACAAGGGCUGGAUUGUGUGUGUGAGAUGAAGGUGAAAGUGACGGUAUAUACGGAAAAAGUUGAAAAGGGCCGGCAGGUAAAUCGGGGAUACAUAACAAACACCACCACCAACACGGAGACACACAUAGACGCACUCACCGACACAUCCACCCACACACACGCACGCACACAUCCAUUAGGAGACACACACAAGUACUCAACACCUCGCCGGACACACACACACAUACACACACACUCACUCUCACGUGCGCACACACAUCAGGAAGGAAUAAGGGAUAUAAACGGGCGCCUACACCACUACAUUAUGUAUGAUGUAAACAUACAAAUAUCCCCUUUCUCCCUCCCCUCCCCUCCCCCCGUCCCUCCCCCUUUGCAAUGGAUGCGCAAAAGAGUACAAGACUAGCUACAAGCCUCCACCCCUCCCUCCCUCCCAUUCCUCUCUGUCAGUCAGCGAGCGAGCGAGCAGACCUGAAAAAACCAAAUACACGCCCGCCACUUACUCAGUGUACAUCAUGCAGACACAUGAGGAGGAAGUCCCUCCGGAAGUCCGUCCGUCCGUCCGUCCGAUGAUGUGCGUGCAUGUAUGCAGCCAUCCAUGUAUCAAUCCAUCUUAAUGUAUCAUCCACCGUCAAUUAUUCGCCAGGGCCCAGCCUGUUGAGCGAACCCGAAGCGAUACACACCACACCACACCACAGAAGCAGGUAAGCGGGAGCGCUUAAAACACAUGGGCCGGUUGUCUUGUCACUCUCUCUUAUAUCGUUGGGCACGCUCCCUGUCGUUUCUCUCUCUUGAAAGCAGCGACACACCCACACACAUCCAUCCAUCCAUCCACGCAUCCAUCCAUCCGUCAGAUCGAUGCUCCCCGGCAAUCGAAGAGAUCACACCAACCAACCCUUCCCACGGUGCGCAUCUGCGCGGAGAGUUCACGAGCCCACCGCAAAUACGGUGCACCACGAACAAUCGCACACGCAGGUGAGCAGCUUGGGAAGGAUCGGGUGAUCGACCUCAUUCAUCCAUCCAUCCAUGCAUCCAUCUGUCUCCGCACAGACAGUAAGUAGACAGAGAGACAGACGGACAGGCAGCCAUAAUGUCCUUUCGCACUGAUGGGAUGCCUUGUCAUGGCCUUACGAAUCCGCUUUGCAAGGCAUGAUGUCCAUGUGAAGGCGAGUCCCACACAAACAUUGUGCCACGGCAAGCGUAUCGGAAACAGCCAUGACAAGACAAACCACACACACGGGCGCAGCGCAGCCAGCCAUGCAUUCCGCCUUGCUGACAAAGACUCGUACGCAUGGAGGGCUGGGUUGGUUCUCAUCUCAUCAGCGAUAGCUAGGUACGGUCGGCAGAUUCAUGCAUCACGCACACACACAAACACACAUGCUCACAGGGACGAGAGAGAGAGAGAGAGAGAGAGAGCCCGCAAAACCUCACACCUAAUUGGGGGAGGAGGGCCAGGGCCAGCCAUGCAAUCCAGAUCCGUUGGGAUACGGUGGGUGUCAGUCACUGUGUGUCCGUCAUUUCAUUGUGUGUGCCCCAUACACACAUACAGUAGCGCUAUGUGCUAUGCUGUCGCCAAGUCAACACGCGAAAAACCAUGAGAUCGCAAAGAGAGAACAUUCUCUUUCCUUCUUGUUUGUCCCGUCUGUGUGCCCCCCUGCGCGCCCGGCUAAAAGCCUCCGCUUUCGCACAGAAGAGCACUCAGCCCGGGUAUGGUGUGCGUCACGCCAAAACCGAAAAACAAAUGCAAUGCGUCUUGAUGUUUGCUUCUUGGCUCCAUUCUACGGCUACCUGUCUGUCUGGCGUCUGUCUGUCUGUCUGUAUGUAUGCCAUAUGUACGUUGUGACGAUGCAUUUCGUCACAUGGACAGCGAUAUGAACCAACCGUACAGAGAAAGAGCCCCACAGACAGACAGACAGACAGAGAACCAGACGUAGACAGACGGCCAGACAGUAAGCUGUGGGCAGGUAAUGAUGAGUGGGUUGCGGGCGACACGCACGCACGCAGGCAAUACAUUUCCGCGUUCAUGGAUCCGUCCCAUUGUCCCUCGAGUACAGACAGACGGGAAACGGCUCGACACACACCACACCACACACACGAAGGAAGGCAGGCAUACACACACACACAGAAAGGCACGAAACAGGACAAAAAACCAUCCAUUCGCCAUCCACCCAUCCAUCCACACAUGCAUUUCGUCAUCAGUCAGUCACAUCAAACCCACCCACCAAACCCAAAAAAGCCCACACCCAUCCAUCCGUGGUACGGUACGUGUCUGUCGUGUCGGUAUCCAUCCCCCGCUCCCUCCCUCCCCGCCGUCGCCCAGUCAGCACAGGUGCCUGAUCCCCUCCACCUCCCUCACCCCACCCCACAUCCCCCACUCGUCCCCCUUCUUGUCGUCGAUGGACACAGACGGGCUGUGCAGCGACGCACACGUGCUCAUGGACAUGCACGAGGCCGUGCUCAUCGACCGCAGGGGCUCGUGGCAGCUGGUCGCCAGGCGCGAGAAGUGGUCGGUGUCCUCAUCCUUGCCAGUGCUGCCGGCGUCAUAGUUCUUGUCGGGGACGGCCAUGACCGUCUCUGGGAGUGUGUCUGUGCGCAUGAGCGGGAGGGGGGAUGGCAGGGGGGCGGGACUGCCGAUGGCUGUCGUGGUGGUGUUGAGGGUGAGGUGCGUCAGAGUGGUGGACCGGCGUUUGAGAAUAGACGACUGUGAGGGGUGACCGAGCCUGCACACAAGAACAGCAGCACAAAGGAUCUCUCUCUCUCCCUCUCUCCCUCCUGAGUGUGCGUGCGUCUCCGCGUGACGUGUCUAUGUCAUACUUAGGCAUGUCGUCGCAGCUUCGCCAUCGCACAGGCUGCACCACAGACACCAACACACGACCAAAACACAUUCUACAGACGGCCGCCACCCCUCCUUCCCCACCCCACAAUGCGUGUGUGGCUUACAGUGAGUGCGGAGGACGCUUCCGUGAGCAGUCUCAGCUGCGGGUCACCACACGGGCUCCCAUCAGCGCAGUCCCACGGGCUUGUGUCGGUCGGGCCGUUACACACAGACAGCAUGAUUCCUGACCCUGUUUCUCGCUGGAUCUCCUUCACAGAGCUGGAGGGCGCUUCCCAGAGGCGCUGAAAGGAGGGGGGAGCGGCCGGAAAAGUCGACAGAGGGAGGGGAGGGAGAGGCGGUGAGAUGAACGGUUGGGACUUGGAGCGCGGCGGUGGCCUGGGGAGUGUUGGUUGCUCACGCACGCAGGGCUGUCCUGCUGCUGUUCUCCGGGAGAGCACAGAAAAUGCUUCGACUCGAG